UAACUUGUAUGUUUUUGCUAUUGAACAUAAUAGUGUUUCUGUUAUUUCUUUAUAUAGUGUUUAUAAAUUUUAAUUACAUUGAAGAUGAUUCUAACGUUGAUUUGACUUUGUACAUGUUAGUAAUGAGAAACAAAAGCAAGCAAGAUGAAAGUUCACAAAGAGAUAUGAAUCAUUAUGAAAGGAUUAAAUUACAGAGGGUCCAAGAGAAUCAAGCAAGAUUACGUGAAUUGGGUGUUCAAAAUAUUGCAAAGUCUUUGACGAGUUUGGUAGAAAGUCAAAAAACAAAGAAAAAUAAAAAGAAAUCAAUGGAUACCAAUGAGAGAGAUGUGGAUUAUGUUGGCGCUGAUAAUGACGGAGAUGGUCGAGAAGUUGAUAGUAGAGUUCAAGCUUCCCAAAAGCAACAUCAUCCACGGUAUAUUGCACCAAUGUCCAUAAAUAGAUAUGCUAAUUUUGCUAAGCAAAAACGAGUGAUCGCUUCAAAUAUGUCUGACAUGUUUCCAUUUGAUACAACUACAACGAAAAAAAGUAGGCUACACCAAUCCCAGGAAAAACCUGAUACAAAUGCAACAAAAAGUAAUUUGUCUAGAGGAACAAUUACCAUGGGUGAAUUAAUCUUAAGUAAGAAAGGGUCACGAAAGCAAGACAUGAAAGAAUGUGCGCUUAAAAAAAACUUGACAGAACCUAAUGAUAUUACAAGUGGAGCCAAAAGCAAAUUGUAUCGUGUUCAUAGUGACGAUGAUGAUAUGGAUGACGAGAGAUAUCAAGAACUAGAAGAAGAUGAUUUCAGUGCAUUUGAUGAUGAAAAUGAAGGGGAUGAUUUGAGGUCACUUGGUCAAGAUAUACAAAAUGAAGACAAUGAACAUAUGGUUUAUGAAAAUAUUGAUGAUGCUCAACAAAGUGAUAGCGAUGACGAUAUAGGAGAUAGGGAUGAUGAACUUGUUGAAGAACAAAUUGAAAGCGUCCCGUCACAACAAGCAACAGAACUUUCUAUUACCAAGAAAAGAGGGCCAACAAUGAUGCAUGGUGUGCAAGUACGAAAUUUCAAUGAACGUGAGGCCAUUAUAUGCAAUAAAUUUGGACAACCCAUUGGACCUGUAACUAAGGAGAAGGACAUAGUAGGGAAAUUUUCGCGGUUUUUGGGUACAAUAGCUCGUACUUAUAGUUAUGCUCCAUUAACAUAUAAAGAAUGGCGCAAAGUACCACAUAAGGAGAAGAUGUGGGAGUUUGUGUUGGUAAGGAAAAAUACAUUGUGCCCGAGAAUGCUAAAAAGUGGGUUCUAA